GUGAGAUGGCAAAGGGUUUUUAGGAGGUUUUGUUAGAUUGUUGUUCACAACACAUCAAGGGUUUCUUUCUUUCUUUCUUUCAACACCGGCGGCCACCGUAUUCAAACUCGUAACCAAUGUCUACGCCGCCGCAGCAACCCGUUGAGGACAAACCCGACCACCCUUCUCCGGCGGAGCCUACGGCAGCGGCGGAAACAGAGAACGAUGAGGAGGAAGAAGAAGGCGAGUGCGGGUUCUGCCUGUUCAUGAAAGGCGGUGGUUGCAAGGAUUCCUUCAUCGAUUGGGAGAAUUGCGUGCAAGAAGCCGAGAAGAACAACGAGGACCUCGUCGAAAAGUGUGCUCAGGUCACGGCGAGGCUGAAGCAGUGUAUGGAUGCCCAUGCCGAUUACUACGAACCCAUUCUCAGAGCCGAGAAGGUUGCUGAAGAACAAGCCCUCGCCGAAUUGGAGAAUGAGAAGCAGAACACCGAGACCCCAAAAGAGGACCAAGAGAAAGAGAAAGAGAAAGUGAAGUGAGAUCCAAUUCAAUUUUUCUGAUUCUGUUUCAUGUUAUACUUGUAUUAUUAUUCAAGAAUUGUUGUCAGUGUAUGAGAGAGUCUCAAUUUUUUGUCACAAUAAUAAUUGGAAUUAUUAUGGAUAUGGAUAGUUUGUUUAUUUGAUUGUAUUCACAGCUUUAUGAUA